CUGUGGGGAUGGAGAAGGCAGGAAAACAUAGAAAGGAUAAAGAAGAAAUAUACAAAGGCUAGCAUGGGACUGGCGAGAAACACACCAGACUACAUAUGGAGAAUGGAGGCAGGAGUAAGCAGUGUAGAAGUAGAAGCAGUCAGAAGGGCAGCGGCUUUUCUAAUAAAAUUGAGCAGAAUGGAAGAAAGUAGAUGGCCAAGAAAAUGCCUGAAAGAGGAAUUGAGGGGGAUUAAGAAUGGACAACCGUCCAGUUGGGGGCAAGGGGUGAUAGAGAGACUGAGAGAAGUAGGAGAUGGAGAGUUCCUGGAACAUCUGCGGGAGGGGAGGAAGGAAGAAGCAGAAAAAAGACUGAAGGAUAUAGUGGAGAUAGUGGAAGAUCAAGAAAAACAGAAGGAUUGGGAGAGAAUAGAAAAAUCGAAAUACUGUGACCACUACGGAGAGAUAAAGGAGAACACGGAGAUGUGUGAGUACUGGACGGAUAGAAAAUUAAACAUGGAACAGAAAAUGGCUUGGGCAAGAUGGAGAUGUGGAAAUGCAAUAAGAGGAGGGAAGAAAGGCUUUGAGGAUGACAGAUGCCGAGCAUGUGAGAAAGAGAAGGAGUCACUGGAGCACGUGGUCAGUUGCAAGGAGAUAAUGAGGAGAGUAGGACCACAUGAUGAAAGAUGGUGGAAGAGAUGGAGACAGAAAAGUAAUCGAAGACAUUGGAGAGAAAGGAUAAUAGAGGAGCUCAGAGAUUAUGCUACGAAGAGAAACUGUGAUAGGUUUGGAAGGAUAGAGAAGGCGCUGAGAGAGGAGUAGACAAAGCGAAACGCAACCAAAGAGAGGGAUGGAAGCAGAAGGGUGGAGAAGAACCAGAAAAGGAUGGAGGAACAGUGGGGGAAGGGGGGAAUGGGGUGUAAAUAAGAAGGGAAAGGUUAAAAAUAAAGAAAAAUAUAUUAUAUUAUAGUAUAUGUUGGUUAUGUGCACAGCACUAUGUUAAUAAAAUGUUUAGUAAAAUAGAGGAGGAGGAGGCUUGUGGAGAUGUAAAACAAAGAAAAACUUUUGUAACAUCAAGGAAAUAAAUUGAAAUUGAAAAAAAAAAUUGAAAUAACCGGGAGCGUCCCAAACGAGCCGUUUGCAAAGGAAACAUCUCUGGUCCAAAGGCUCCAGCGGCACGUGACAAGGUCUACGGGAGGGGCUCAUCAAAAGCAACUGCAGAAGCUCCAUCCACAUGGGGAAUAUAUGUUCCAGGAUUUCGUUCCCAUACUCCCAGUGAUUGUAGGUCUAGGAGAAACAAUCAAACAGGAUGAAUGGACAUCGCCAGAAGCAAGAACUGAAUUGAAAAAUCCUACGGAAAGGGAACUUACUGAAAACACCGAGCUGCAGUUCAUGGAGAGGCAAUCAUCUCUGAAGCAGCGUGGACAACAGUGUAUGACCACCAUAGGAGAUAGAGAUCCAGAAAACCUAGGCGAAGAUCUCGAUCCUGACGGUAACACACGGACUAGUUGUCGUCCAUGGAGAACUUCGGAUGUUGAGGAGAUUAAGGAAGAUGCUUUCGACCAUCGCAAUCGCCUGCGCAGACACUUUUUCGGUGCAGACUCGUGCGACUUGA